UGCUCUGAUUAACUCUGUUUAAUGGUACUGAAGAGAAGAAUGAGCAGACAAGACCAGACUGUAGCAAUAAACAGCUGAAAGCAAAAUGAAGACCACUUUCUCCUUGUGCUUAUUGCUAGUUGGUUUGCAUACUGUUGCCCUGCGCCAUCAGCAUCCUCGCUACCGUAAUAAGCAGGAUGAUGCUAAAGGGACAUAUUAUCCAGGAUAUAGUUCUCAGGGGGAAGAAGCUUCUCCACUUAAGAAUAAAACCUUUGUCAAACUAGUUUUCAGCAAUGCUGACUUUGCAUUUUCCUUUUACAAGUUGGUUGCAUCUGAAGCAAUGGACAAAAAUAUUUUCUUUUCACCCAUAAGCAUCUCUGCUUCCUUUGCAAUGCUGGCACUUGGUGCCAAGGCUGUGACACUGACACAGAUUUUGGAAGGGCUUGCCUUUAACCUGAAAAAGACUCAGGAGCAGGAAAUCCAUGAAGGUUUUUGCCAACUCCUCCACAUGCUGAACCGUUCAGAUAGUGAGUUCCAGCUGAGCCUGGGCAAUGCCCUUUUUAUAGAAGAGACACUAAAACCACUACAGAAGUUCUUUGAUGAUGUCAAAAGCUUUUAUGAAUCUGAAGUCUUUUCUACUGACUUUAACAACUCUGUUGGUGCUGAGAGUCAGAUCAACAGUUAUAUUGAGGAAAAGACAAAUGGGAAAAUAGUUAAACUAGUGGAAAAUCUUGAUCCUCUGACUGCAAUGGUUCUCGUUAACUAUGUCUUCUUUAAAGCCCAUUGGGAGAAACCCUUCAGUACAGCACAAACAAAACAGGAGGACUUUUUUGUGGAUCAGAAAACAUCUGUAAAAGUUGACAUGAUGUAUCGAAAAGGUUACUACAGAAAUUACUUUGAUGAAGAGCUGUCCUGUUGGCUGGUUCAGAUUCCUUACAAUGGAGAUGUUGCAGCAUUAUUUGUUUUGCCUGAUGAAGGGAAGAUGAAGCAGGUAGAAGAUGCCCUCUUGAAAAGAACUGUAACUAAAUGGGAAAAGUCCCUCCAAGACAGAAAAAUACAUCUGCACAUUCCAAAAUUUUCUAUUUCUGGUACCUAUGAUGUGAAAAAUAUAGUUAAACAAAUGGGUAUGGUCAAUCUGUUUACUGAACAAGCUGAUCUCUCAGGGAUUACUGAGGAGCCUGGACUGACAGUUUCAAAAGUGAUCCACAGAGCCAUGCUGAAUGUUCAUGAGAACGGCACUGAGGCGGCCGGGGCCACAGUGAAGGAGAUUACCUGGAGAUCUGGGGAUUUUCCUCGCCCACCUCGGGUCAGAUUCAACAGACCAUUUCUCCUGCUGAUUCUGGAUAAGUUCACCCACACUGUCCUCUUCAUUGGGAAAAUUGUAAACCCUCAGAAAAAUGACUGAUUGAAAAUGAAAAUGACGAAAAUUGAAAAUGUCAAAACUUAUGGACAUCACUGGCUAAAUUCCUGUGAUCCAGUGAAGCACUUAUGUAUGCAUACCACCCUGUGCUACUGCUCAUCCUUCAACCAUUAUCCUUAGAAACCUUAUUAAUCCCUUACAACACAGAAACUAUUUUUCCUUGUCCAAAAGUCACUAGGAUUUCCCACAUCCUACACCUGAAUAUAGCAUGUAGUGUUAAUGAAAUACAAGUCACUUUUCACCAGUUUUGUAAGAAGCCCUUUCUGACAUGCUCCUGUGGGGUAUUCAGUUGGUUCAAAGUCUCCAAUUGAUGUACAGUCACAGGAUGUGCAUCUGAAAGGAGAAAUAGGAAAAAUGAGGUGCAAGUUGUAAGUCCUGUCUGUUUAAUCCACUAACCCUUGAUGAAUAUACUUAGAUGCAGAUUUCUUUAAUACUGGAGUGAAUUUUCAUUAAUUUCUUUAUGUUUUGUAAGCAAGCAUCGCAUGAAACUGCAAGAUCAGUGACUGAGACAUUGGAGGACACCUCCAAUGUAAAGGGCUGAUGAGUGCAGCUGUUUUAGCUGCUGUUUUAGCUGUUUUAGCUUGCAUUCCUCUGUCUCCUCCUCAGCAGAAGCCCUCUGCCUGGAGACCAGAAGCCUGCUUUGCUGUACAGAUAAUUAAAAUUCUACUAAGGAAGGAAUGCAUAGCAGAAAAAAGGCUUUUGCUUUAUCCUACUAACAUAAUGAUUGUUGCUAAUACCUUGAGAUAAAAGCCUAAUGGAGUAGUCCAUGACAGAGCACCAGUUUCCUUUUCAUAGAUUUGUUGUCACUGUCAUUUCUUGUUUCUACUGAUGCCACCUUCAGUAUUCACUUUCCAGCUAGAUUUGACAGACUGGUAGAAAAAAGGAGGAAUGCAAAUUAUAACUCCAGAAAGUUUGUACUUCCUCAGUAAGAACAGCAGAGCUUCCCUAGGGACUGUUAACUUGGUUUAAGCUAACACAGACACACAUAAAAAAUACAGAAAAUAUUUCAGAAGUCACUUUUCUAAAUGUUAGCAGUGGAUUACUGUUAUAGAGUAAAAGCAGACUGGGAAUUGACAUUUGUACCUUUUCUUACCUUAAGGUUCCUUGAAUCCAGCUGCACUAGAUAAUUGCAUGGUUAUGAAAGAAACAUAACUUCACUUACAAAGCAGUAAAUAUUUAAAUUUAUUUUAUUAUCUAUUACUUUAGUUUUUAAAUCAACAUCUUCAGCACAUCUUAUUAAAAUACAGAAAGCCAAAGAAAGCAUGUAAAUUAUAUAUUGAUUAAAUCUUUUGUUACAGAAUAUCUCAAACUGGUAGAAAAAAUUACAAAUGACAAGUUUUAGGCCUUAGUUUCUUAAGAAGUCUGUGGAAAAUAUAACAUAAAAACAGUGGUGACUAUUUCUAAAACAGAAUUUUUUUUCUUGGUUUGGGGAUCUUUAUUUUCUUUCUUUCUUAAAUCAGUGUCAUCAAUAUGAGUAAAUUAUAGCUCAAGAAUACCAAUAAGGAAUAGAAAAAACAUUCCAUGUCCAUCUGCAGACAGGUAACAUUUGAUAUUCACUUUUAAAGUCCUCUUCAAAAUCACAUAAAUCAAUGAAAAAAGUUUCUUACUCACAACUCUAUUUAGUAUGUUCCAUAUUUAGUAACAAGUAGUUGGCUUCAUACCUCUGAACAUAUAAGGACUUGGUCUAGGUGACAUACAGAUAAAUUUAUUCUAGAGAAGAUCAUUUAAAACUUCUUGCCAAAUCUCAGGGCUAACUCAGGAUGAAUUAUCAAAGUCCAGCCUUGCAAUGGCAAAUAACUCUGUAGGCAAAUAUCAAGAGACUAUGUUUGUUAUUCGUCAUGGACCUCAGAUCAAUAGUCCCUGUUUGUUAGUAGGAAAAAAUAUCUGAGUGCUAUUUUGCCAACCACAUCUCACUUUGAGAAGUAACCUUGCCUCUUAACUCAUUUGAAAGUAGAUAGACAAAAAUGAAGCUGAUUUAAGAACUGGAUUACCAGAAAACAUCUUGGUAAGGAACCAGCUUCAGACAGAUGAAGGAACCAUACAUGUCUUGCCUUGGUUUUAUUUCCAUUUUGGCAAAAAAUAGGGCAUGCCUCUCACUGCAAAUUUGCAGCAAAUUUGUGUAGUAAAUAAUGAGCCCAGAAGGAUUGCACAACCCCCCACAAAAAUGUCAACAUUAAGGUUGUCACAAACCCACUGCAGUCAUGGUUUGCUAGGACAGUGUUUCUUCUUUCAGUCUGCUGCUUUUUUGCUUCUUAUUCCAUGGGGUUUUGUUUCUUGGUUGGCUCUCUGGCUGUGAGUGUUGUGACCAAGAAACCUCAGAGUAACCAGGGAAGGACUUCCAUCCUAGCUAGUCAAGAGCUGCUGCUGCUGUUGCAUGCAAGUACCGUGAUGGGAAAUCCUUGUGAUAGAUAUAUGCCUCAAAGCAGUGCUCUCCCACAACCUUCAAAGAGCACUGGUAACCUCAAACGCCCCCUGCGUACUCCUGGCAUAUCAAAAUGAGUUACCAGCAGCAGAAUCACCUAUGCUCAGGGACACCUGAGCAGCAGCCCAGGGCUCCUCAGGACCCAUAAGCUCCUGUGAGCCAAUCUGCUGAGGAGGGGACGUUGCCAGGGCAAUGUAAAUGGCUCUGGGAGUGCGUGACCAGGGCGUGUCACGUCGUAUGUGGAGUAGCACUUGGUAUGGGCAGGGCGUGCAGAGAGGGCGCUGCAAUCUGCAAGGUCCACAGCUCAGAGAAGUGCUAAGUGUUCUUGGUCUCUGCUGUUAAGGUGGGCUCUUGCCUUGGAGCCAAAACCAGUGUGCCUACUGAGACAGCCCUGAGAAGCCUGGAGCUUCCACCCAGAUGGGCUGGUAAGGAAGGAGAUGUCAGUACAGGUGGUAGCUUGCAAUGGAUGCCCAGAUGCUUCCCCUGGAGAAAAAGGUACCUGCACAAAGUGUGCACAGGCUAAAGACCUGUUGUGGCAUGUAGAUGAAUUCCAAGAGACAGUUAAUAGGCUUGAAGUAUUAGAGGGGCUGAAACAGAGCUAGAAAACCUGGCUUCUGGAAUGGGGUGGAUUUAAUUGUAGCACUGGCUAUUAGGAAACCACAAAAGGUGAAAGUUAAAACAAAACAAACAAAUGUGUUUCACUCAAACAUUUCCAAGCUUUCUUAAUGGAAAGCCAUAUUAGUAACUCAGUAGUUCUUUUAUAUAUUAGAUUCCUGACUUGUGCUCUGUCAUUUGGCCAGGAGACAAAAAAUAUCUGUGGUUAUUUGAUUCCUGCAAAGGCCUGGAAAAGAGUUGUAUUUCUCUUCUUCAAAUACAACAUGGUUUGGUCAUUUUUGUUAUUUCAUCCAGGAAAAAGGCCUGGGAAAGAAAUAGGUUUACAAAUCAAUCAGAAGUGGGUGGCUCUAUAAGCAAAGCAUGCUCUAGCUGAGGCUGUUGGCUUUCCAACCCAUGCUUCAGAUCUCUCAUUCCCUCUGAGUAGCUGAUUUUGACAUUGCUUAUGAGAUUUCUGCAGUUUAAACGGCCCUACAAGAGUCUGUUUUGUGUUAACUGAAAAACACAUCUUGGACUUCUAUCACAAUACCUUUAAAGGACCUAAACCACUAGCUGCCUGCAUUGAAAAAAAGAAUAAAAGGCAGUAAUCUUCCCCAGAAGAUUAUUUACAGCCUCCAGGAUUGUUUUUACAUUCUCAUUCAGUUGUCUUAUAUUGUGUGAAGUGCAAGCAAUAAAAGAAAGAGCAGCAAGGACACCUUGACUAAGGGGGCAUCUUGCAAGUGGUGUGAACAUGAGAUAAAACUCAUAUGAGAGCUCAUGUUACCUGUCACACAUGAUACAGCUUCCUAAGGGUGGGUUUGAUAGUGGUGCUAAAGGAUAUAACCUCUCUGCAAAGGAAGGACUGGGAAAAUAGCUGCUCUUGUGAAAUGGUGAGAAAACAGAAAUAUUCUUGAAGAUUCUGUGGAGAAACAUGUUUUGAAGAGACCUGUUCUUUCCCAAAUAAACAGCAGAGGUCCAUGGGGAGUACAUGUGAGGGAGAGGGGAAUUACCAAGAAAGUCACAUUCUGCUAUGAGAAGCAGGAGCUUAAGCUGAGGGGCCUCUUGCAGCUGCCAUGACACAGGAAAGGAGGAAAGCAAGAGCAGCCUGACAUACACUUGGCCUAAUUAACUCCUCUGCCUGGGCAGAGCACCAUGCAAUGUAGACUUUGAGUUCUUCUAAGGCUUGACUGUAACUUAAUUAGCAGAUAUUAAAGUUCUUGGCAUAAAUAAGCCAGAAAGUGAUACCAAUGGAAAGAGAAAAAUGGAAAUUAUUGUAGGAGAGAAGAUUUAACACUAAAGUUUUCACCUCUAUCAGUUAGAUAUUUAGUCACAGGGCACAGGCUCAGACCCAUGCAAGUGGAAUGGCACUGCUGCUUCUCCCUGACUGGGAGAUCAGUUUGGCUGGAUGUCACAUGCUGGCCACAUAGGGCCUUUAAGGCUUUAAAACUUGUAAACUCUCAGAAGAAACAUUCUGCCCUUGUAUUAACUUUCCACUCCAGUGUCAUCUUGAGACACUUUCAUUUGCAUACUCUUUUGUGUACUUCAGUGCAUAUAUAAGGCUUUAGGGUUUUGACUUUUACAUGUCCUUGAGUCUUCAGCGCUGGCUUCCUAAACUUUUUUCCCCAAGGCAAGGUCAUGUGUAGGAGCUGACAGAUGAUGUGACACAAACAAUUCUUGCUCCUUCUUUCUUAUUUUGGGAGUACAAGGGGCUCUCCGUGCACCAAGCCAUGUUUCCUGAGACAUUUAUAUCUGUUCUAACUGCCAGCAAUUUCCACACCAUUAUCUGCUCAAAGACUGUUCCCUGCCAGGCUUAGUGAGGUGAUGGCUCCCUUUCUCUUUUUUAUUUUGUACAUCUGGUAUGGUAGGGUUAAACCCAGUCUUUAGUUCAGGCUCCAACUCAUUCAAUACACUGCUAUGAAUCAUAAGUGAAACUCAGACCUAUUCCCAUCUGAAAUUACUCACUUUUUGGCCAGUUUUAGGACAGUAUAACACGGGGGUUCCUUAAAGAAAUACUUCAGUUUCUUUACUAGAAAGAAAUUAAGAAAAGAAGGAGUCAAAAAACACAACAGGGGUAAACACACAGUUUUAAUUCUUAUUUCUUUAAAAAGUGUAUUUUUUCUGUACUUGUACUGCUGUGCAGAUGAAGGCACCAUAGAUAUGCAUCUUAACUUAAUUCAACACAGAAAAAUUAAAAGAGCAAGCUAGUUGUGAGGCAGUAAGAACAGUCAGAUAUAUCUUCUAUUUCUAUAUUUAAAAGCAAAAUCUAUGUUUAUCUAGGUUGUUUUGGUUUCUUUUUACUGACAUUGAUACUUAAAAUGUUCUUCCCUUGAUCCCCCAAAAAGCCCAGCUCCAUUUUCUUUCCAAGGCACUCCAGUUGGAUGUGACAUGUCUACUUUGGAUGGAGGUGGAAUUUGGGGGAAGAUGGUGCAAAGUCAAGAGAAGUUUAAGGGGAAAACAGCCUCUCUAAAUACUUCAGUAUUCAUUGAGCCUGGCAACACUGAACUGACCACUGAGCUCUAAGUCUUGUAACUCAUUUCUGUGGGAAAAAUGAGGAAUUAUUUUUGGCAUUCUGGAUUUUUUGAGUGUUCUAAUCUUUCUUUAGAAACUACUUCAAAGUCAUUAAUUAAAACUUCUUUUUUUUCCUCGGGUCUUUGAGUUCAUAGAUCCGAACUAGGAUAAAAUUAAACUCUGUAACAAAUAUUGAUGUCUUUCUGUGCAGAGGUGGCAAAUUUUCAUUGUGUUUUCUCACUCAGACGUUAAUUCUCUUCCUUAUUAUCUUGUAAAUGACAGCCAGCAAAUAAAAAGUCCACUGUGUGAUUGGG